CACACGCACAGGCAGACAAAACACAUUCGUUAUCGCUAUCAGCAUAUUGAACAUUGGCGCCAAUGCCGACGCCGGCUGCCCUCGGCGCCAAUGCAUAAAUUUUUUUUUGCACCAGCGCUAAAAAGUGAUAAAAGUGAAACAUAAACAAAAAAAAAAGCGUUGAUAAGCCGAUGCGCUGCCGCUGCUUACUAUCAAUGCGCCGGUUGUUAUAUGCUACACACAUAUACAUAGAGAUUCCUUCGUGUCGUGUCGCGCCUGCAACAACAAAUUAUUAUCAAGUUAAACUUGUUGAGCGAGUUAAACGCCAAAGAAACUACCAACAAUGGUGAAAAUUUUAAUGCUCUGCCCGCGCACAUCGGCGACAGCGACGCAGCCACUGACCUUUAUUUGACUUUUAGCUGUCUACUGCCUGCCUGCUGCUGCUGCCUGCCUGCCUGCCUGAAAAAAAAGAGACAUUGCCACAAGCAGAGACGUUGCUGCGCUGCUUGGGCUUCUGCUCCUAUUCUCGUUGUUGUUGUUGGAGUUUCUUGCAGUCGCUGCGACGCCGGCAGCAGCACCCAAAGGCAGCGGCGCAGCCUGAGCCCGAAUAUUUAUACACGCAUAUACACAAUUGUAUUUGUGUAGGUAGCAAUAUUCUCGUUGCGCGUGCAAGAGUCGCCACCGCUGCCUCCUCGUUGCUGCUGCUGCCGAAAUUAAAAUUAAUUCAAUAAAAGCGUAAGAGAAUUAUUGAACAUGUGCCAAACGACGAGCAAUUGAAAAUUAUCUUUCAGUGUCGAAUCUUUAGCUAAAAAUGCACUUUCUUCUUCUUCAACUUUUACUUUCGAGCGCUUUACAACAUGAUAAUUAACUUUUGUCACAUACUUAAUUAUUGUUAAACAAUUUUCAAGUGACCAAAUUCGAAAAGGGCAACCUUUCCCCACACACGGAAAAUAUAAAUGUGUGUGUGUGAGCGUGUGUAUGUGUAUGUGUGCGCGUUGAUCAAACUAGCUCCAGUUUCCAUAGAAAACCGAGAAGAGAAGUGUGAAAGGAGCACGUUGAAAUUAUAUGAAUGAAUUGCAUAAAUCACAAGAUAUAUGAGUGAAUUUUUGAGAAAACCCUUCAAACUCUACUUUUCUAAAUAACAAAUAAAAGAAAUGAAUCGACGAUUUUCACGCGUGGAGUCCGGCGCGGACCUGAAGGAUUAUUUCGAUCGCGGCGAUAUUGCAUCGCGCGAGAAUCGCUGGAACUUUGAGGUCGCAUGGGAGGUGGCCAACAAAGUGGGCGGCAUUUAUACGGUGAUCCGGUCGAAGGCCUAUGUCUCCACCGAGGAGAUGGGCGAGCAGCUGUGCAUGAUGGGUCCCUACAAGGAGGCGUGUGCCCGCACCGAAAUGGAGGAAAUGGAAUUUCCACGCGGCAAUCCGUUGCUCGAUGCUGUCAACACGAUGCGUUCGCGAGGCUACAAAAUUCACACUGGUCGCUGGCUUGUCGAUGGCAAUCCGCAGCUGAUAUUGUUUGACAUUGGCUCAGCCGCCUGGAAGCUGGAUCAGUUCAAGUCGGAGAUGUGGGACAAGUGCCACAUUGGCAUACCACAUAUGGAUAUUGAGACAAACGAUGCCAUUAUAUUGGGCUUUAUGAUUGCCGAGUUCCUAGAGGAGUUUCGCAACUGUGCCGAUGGCUACUCGCAACGCAAUGAUCUCAGUGCACCGCGGAUCGUUGCCCACUUUCACGAGUGGCAGGCUGGUGUGGCACUCAUAGUGCUGCGCACCCGUCAAAUCGAGAUUGCCACCGUGUUCACCACGCAUGCGACGCUCCUCGGUCGCUAUCUGUGCGCCGGCAACACCGAUUUCUACAACAAUCUCGAUAAAUUCGCUGUGGACGAGGAGGCUGGCAAGCGUCAGAUCUAUCAUCGCUAUUGCCUCGAGCGUGGCGCCACACAUCUGGCGCAUGUCUUCACCACCGUAUCGGAGAUCACGGGCUACGAGGCGGAGCACCUGCUCAAACGCAAACCGGACAUCAUAACGCCAAACGGCCUGAACGUGAAGAAGUUCUCGGCCAUUCAUGAGUUCCAGAAUUUGCAUGCCGUUGCCAAGGAGAAAAUCAAUGAGUUUGUACGCGGCCAUUUCUAUGGCCAUAUGGACUUCGAUCUGGACAAGACGCUGUACUUCUUCAUUGCCGGCCGUUAUGAGUUUGGCAACAAGGGCGCUGAUAUAUUCAUCGAAUCGCUGGCCCGCCUCAAUGCGAUGCUGAAGCACGAGCGUCCCGACACCACGGUGGUGGCCUUCCUCAUUUUCCCCACUAAGACGAAUAACUUCAAUGUGGACUCGCUGCGUGGCCAUGCGGUCAUCAAGCAGCUGCGCGACACCAUCACCAAUGUGCAGCAGGCGGUUGGCAAGCGCAUGUUCGAUACAUGCGUCAAGGGCCACAUACCCAGUCCCGAUGAGCUGCUCCAAAAGGAUGAUCUGGUGAAGAUCAAGCGCUGUAUGUUUGCCAUGCAACGCGAUACAAUGCCACCGGUUACCACCCACAAUGUGUCAGAUGAUUGGAAUGAUCCGGUCCUAUCGGCGAUUCGUCGCUGUAAUUUGUUCAAUUCGGUGCACGAUCGCGUAAAAAUGGUCUUCCACCCGGAGUUCUUGACUUCAACGAAUCCGUUGUUUGGCAUCGAUUACGAGGAGUUUGUCCGUGGCUGCCAUUUGGGUGUGUUCCCAUCGUACUACGAACCAUGGGGCUAUACACCGGCCGAGUGCACCGUCAUGGGCAUACCAAGUGUGACCACAAAUCUGUCGGGAUUCGGUUGUUUCAUGCAGGAGCACAUCAGUGAUCCCAAAUCCUAUGGCAUCUACAUUGUCGAUCGCCGCUACAUUGGCCUGGAGAACAGCGUCCAACAGCUGUCCAGCUUCAUGAUGGAGUUCUCGCGUCUGAAUCGCCGCCAGCGCAUCAUUCAGCGCAAUCGCACCGAGCGCCUCAGCGAUUUGCUGGACUGGCGUACGCUGGGCAUUUACUACAGACAGGCUAGGGUGAAGGCCUUGCAGGCCGUCUAUCCCGACUAUGUGGACGAGACCUCCACGUACGGUUCUCGCAGCAAUUUGCUGUUCUCACGUCCACAGAGUGAGCCAUCAAGUCCCACGUCGUCACGCCACACUACGCCAGCGCCCUCGGUGCACGGCUCCGAUGACGAGGAGGACUCUGUAGAUGAGGAAACUGAGUUGAAAGAAUUGGGUAUUAAGUAAAUCAGCAACCCAUUGACAUCCCUGGCUUUACGAACACUUCAUACAGCGCAAUAUUACCAUAAGUUUAGUAAUUUUGUUUCAUAUGUUCAAAGGGCACGCAGUCAACAAAUUGGUAACGCCCACAAAGAAACUAUCUACCUUAUUCUGAAACUGUUUUCAAAAACAAAUUUAUAUGCUCAUAUGCAACAGUUAGAACAAUUUGAGUAUAUUUGCAUAAUGGAAAAUUCUAUUUCAUGUUGUUUAGUCUAUAAGCAGAGCAAAUUCCCUUACACCGAACACAAAUUAACAAAACAACAAAAAAAAACACAUAUGUUAUUCAAUCAAAUUAAAUUAUUAUUAUUUACUAUGGUACAAACAAAUCUGCCACACUAAAUGACCUUAUCAAAACAACAGCAUAUAAUUAGAAUGCUCAUUCGCAAUUAGUUCUUUAUUAAAUAUUUACCCAACAAUGCGAAGAAUAUGGCAUAUAUUCUAUAGCUAAUCAGGUAACUGUAAAAGUUACACGCACUAUGUUCAAAAUAACAUAUAUUUGUUUGUGUAUAUGACAAAAUGAAAAAGUUAGUAAACCCCCUCAAGGUAAUCCAAUCAAUGUAGCAACGCCCAAAAUGUAUCGUUAAAUAUACUGCCUCAUAUUGAUUAAUCAACGUUUAAAUAUAAUAUUCUAUUAGCCAGUUACCAAUGCUACUUUA